AGAGCGCUGUGUACGAUCAGUAUGGAUCAACAAAUUCAUCAAUUGAUCCAUAUAUUAGGCGCUCUGCAUUAUAAGGUGGUUUUUUGAGUAAAUUUUCAGUUUUUAAGUGCGCCUAAUAGUGCGGGAAAUACAGUACUCUCCUGUGUGUGCACGUGUGUGGAUGAGUGCACAGGUCACAUUCCUUCCCCACUACGAGACUGGACAACGGGAGACGUGUGUCCAGAUAUUGCGCAAUCCCUCUUUGCCACCAUCUAAACUUGAUGUUCUGCAGUCUCCGCUUUUAGUUGCGUCGGGGGGUUGAGAGCGGACAAGACAAAAUGAAGGCGAUAAGCCAAAGCUGUGCGCUAUUAUUGUGGAUGCAUACGUUGACCUUUGUGAAAUGUCAAGAUUGUACACUUGAAGCGUUUCGGAACGGUCCCCUUUUUGAUGCCAAUUUUGACACGACGGGUAUGGAAGACAAGUACCAAAAUAAGCAGCAAGUGAGGGUAAGCUGCGCUGUUGGCCAUACUGGAUUUUUCAGACUCAUCUGCAAUGAUGGAACGUGGGACUCUCGGGGUAUAAAAUGUCAACCAAAAUCAUGCGGUCACCCCGGAGAAUCCAUGAAUGCAAACUUUAAUUUGGUUCAAGGCGACGAUUUUGUCUUUGGCUCACAAGUCCAGUACACUUGCAACGAAGGUUAUCAAAUGGUGAGCCGGAUCGACAACCGGCGUUGUAUGACAGAUGGGUGGAGCGGUACGAUACCGAUCUGCGAAGCAAUCCGGUGCCCUGUCAUCAAUGUGGAAGACAAUGUGCAGGUGAUCGGGGACCCCGAAGAAGCAAACUUUGGCAAUGUGCUUCAAUUUGGGUGCAAGAACCGCCAUGAAAUCUUGAUUGGUUCCACCGAGAUGUCCUGUGAUGAAAAUGGCGAUUGGAGCAGCCCUCCUCCAAAAUGUGACGUGGUCAAAUGCACGGUGCCGGUGAUCGACAAUGGUUUUGUGACCGGGAGAGUCCAAGAAUACAAAGAAGACGAGAUCUUGUCUUAUGAAUGUAAUCAUAACUACAAGCGCGCUGAAGGCAGACCUUCCACCUGCAGCAAAUCUGGAAUCCGAGCCGAGUGGAGCCCAAGACCCGCGUGCGAAUUGAUCAGAUGCAGAGUGACGCUGCCGCCCAUCCCAGGAACCAGCUACCAACCCUCGCAAAUCACCAUCUUUUCCGUUGGUGCUACGCUAACUGUCACCUGCGAGGACAAAUACUGGAUCUCAACACCCAAGCAGACCUCGGCCGUGUCCACAUGCAAAAGUGAUGGGAAGUGGACCAUCAGACCCGUUUGUCAGGAGGUCACCUGCCCUAAUGAAAGGCAUAGGAGCGUAUCGCGAUGGAACGUCUACUGGGGGCAGAGACUGAGGAUGGGCGCUCUUGUGGACUUUACCUGUCGGUCUGGAUUCAGGAGGACAGAUGGUGCCUCACAAGUCAAAUGCACCAGAGAUGGCUGGAUCCCAAAUCCACCCUGCCAAGAAAUAACAUGUGACAGCAACGAUAUCCGGAGCGCAAACAUUGCUGAUGGCCACAAACAAAUUUACAGAAACUACGAAACGGCCUAUUUUACCUGCAAAGGUUCUCAAGAUCCGUUUAGUCUAACUUGUUCAGCAGAUGGUUGGCGCGGAAAUGUGUAUUGUCGAGGACACCAAUGCAAACAACUGGAGCUCAGCAAUGCAAACAUUAUCCGCAAUCAGAAGGUCUUUUACGACCGAGGCGACCGUGUGCAAUACGCCUGCGCAAAUGAUGCCGAUCGACGGUUCACCAUCGAGUGUGAUUUUGACGGUUGGACUGGCAUUCAGAACUGUUCAGCAUGUCUCCAACCUGAUGUGCUCCACGGCUUUGCCGUCCGUCCGGCGCAAGACAUGCUCUACUACAGGUGCAACGAAGGCUAUAAGCUUCCCACCAAAGGGUGGUGGGGUCAAGCCAAAUGCAUCGACGGUCUGUGGUAUGGGCUGGAACAAUGCAUGGAAAGCAAUAAGUGCGGGGAGAUACCUGCGAUUGCCAAUGCCAAAAUCAAACACGAAAUGCAGAGACAUGGAGAAGUUGACAGCCUCCAGAUUAUUUGCAGGGAUGGAUACCAAAGUCAGAUUGAACGUUUAUCGUGUGUGGAUGGAAAAUGGGAUUCCAAUGGUUUACCCUUUAACUCAAUCUGCACUCUUGUUGCCGGGACCUGCAGCCCGCCUCUUAAAGUUGAGAACGCCGUCAUUUUGACGGCAUUUCAGCGGGAAUACUUGUCUGACUCGAAAGUAACCUUCAAGUGUCGGGAGAACUUCAUGAUGGAAGGAACGGACACAAUCACGUGUCAAAACAGCCAGUGGGACAUGGGGGACAUCAAGUGUUCACCAUACUGCUCCAAGCCCAAAACUGUGGACCAAAUCAUGACCUUCGGUGACAAUAAAGAGAAAUACGGCAACGGUGAGGUCAUAGAGUACCGCUGCACACAACCGAGUGAAAAAAGUGGCGGCUCGGCGACCUGCGUAGAUGGCCAGUGGAGCGAAGCCAUUCGGUGUGGAGUGAAGCCAUGUCCACUUCCUGAAAGCAUUCCCAAUGGCUAUUAUCAAAUUGUCCAGGGGGACGACUUUGUUUUUGGGGCAACUAUCAAAUACUUUUGCAAUGUGGGUUAUCAAAUGGUGAGUAAGAUCGAUACCAGGACCUGUUUGCUGGACAAAUGGACCAACCACGCGCCGAUAUGUGAACCUUUGAGGUGUGAGGUACCGCCCGCGCAGAGAGGGAUCACAAUCAUCGGUUUACCAGACAAUGGAGAGGGCGUCCUUCCUGAUCGCUUCCUCACGUUUAACUGUGACCUUCCCGGGAAGCAACUGAGCGGCAGCCAGCUGGUAGUAUGUGGUCGAGAUGGAGUUUGGGAUAAGCCGUUCCCAUCUUGUGAAGACAUUGCUUGUAAAGUCGGAGAGCUACACCCUCAGCUUACGGCUCACGGGUUGCAACCGUGGAUUCAAACAAUUGAAAUUGGACAUAAGUUAAUGUUUCGCUGCGGUGAUGAUUAUACCUUGGAUGGAUCUGAAGAUAUUGAAUGCUUACCGAGCGGGCAAUGGAACAACCCUUUCCCAACAUGUGCUGAACCAUGCCAGCUCACGGACAUCCCCAACAGUGUUCGCUUGACCACUCAACUCACAGACACGCAAGUACGAAAGGGACAAAAAUUGAAGUUUUACUGCCCCCUUCGUGGUCAGUUGCUUCAAGGAAAAGCAGAGGUGGAAUGUCUGUCCAAUGGCCAGUGGAGCAAUCCCUUUCCAACAUGUGGAGCCCCUUCGCAAUGUGAGCGUCCACCUCACCUUCCCGGUGGGGAUACGGCAGUAUCCACUAAAUUGAGUUACAACCAUAAUGAGAAGGUAGAGUACAUUUGCCAGAAUUACUACGUGAUGGAAGGGGGGCCCGAGAAGACCUGCAGCAAUGGACAAUGGCUUGGCGACAUCACAUGCCUCAAGCCCUGCACAGUCAACAGAGAACUAAUGAGCACGCACAACAUUGCAUUCCGAUACACCCGUGACAAUAAAUUGUAUUCUGCCCAUGAUAAUGAAAUCGAGUUCAGGUGUACUUCUGGAAAAAGACAUAACGGCGCGCUGAAUAUGCGACAGAAGUGCAUCGAUGGAGUCAUGGAACUGCCGACCUGCGAGUAGCUGAGAAGUUGGGACGGAUCAAUGUCAAGAAACAUCUACUGUGCGCAGUGUGUCGCUCCCUUGCCUGUUUGUUUUCAAUAAAUAAAUUGGGAAAAAAAACCACUUCUGUCUGUUGC